CAUUUCGAAGGCACAGUGGUUGAGCCCAGUUGCUUCCUUUGCUAUUGCUACUUCCUUCGUAGCGCAGGACUCAGAUAAACCCUCGAAGGUUAUGCUGGUAUGUGUCGAUGCGGUGACCCCAGGGCUCUACCAGCAAAACAAAAAUAAAGAGCAGGACAAUUAAUAUAUUUCACUGUUGACAUCCUGAACAUUUGAAAUGGCUUCCUCACAGAUCCGCUUGAAAAUUCUCCCCAGUGUUCGUUGUCUCUUUGAUAAACUGGUGCAGGUAAAAGUAGAGGGACUUGCCCCUCACAAACCAGUGCAGCUGAGGUCCAAACUAGUUGAUGACAGAGGAGUUGUUUUCAAGGCCUCUGCUCUGUACAAAGCCGAUGAAACUGGCCAGGUGGAUGUCUCCCGUGCACCCUCACUGGGAGGAAGUUAUACUGGUGUGGAGCCCAUGGGUUUGUUUUGGGCCAUGGCACCAGACACUCCGCACAAUAAAUUCACAAAGAAAAAUGUGCUUAGCCCAACACUGGUAGAGUUAGAAGUUGUGAAUGGAGAGACUGGGGUUAUCUUAGCAUCUGAAACCAAUGAGAGAGAAUACAUGACUGAGGGGAUGAAGAGAAUACCUCUGGAGGAGGGAAAAAUACGAGGAGUCCUUUUCAUACCACCAGGAAAAGGUCCAUUCCCAGGUAUUGUGGACUUGUAUACUUUUGGCGGAGGUCUUAGUGAACCCAGAGCCAGCCUCUUGGCAAGUAAAGAUUUUGUUGUGCUGGCACUGGCCUAUUUACGUUACCAGGAUUUACCGAAAAGCCCUAAAAACUUGGAUUUGGAGUACUUUGAAGAGGGUGUAACAUAUCUGAGGAGCCGGCCAGAGGUGAAAGGCCCUGGAAUUGGCAUCAUAUCAAUCUCUCAUAGUGGCGCUUUGGCUCUGUCAAUGUCAUCUUUUCUCUCUGGGAUCUCAGCGACUGUCUGUAUUAAUGCCUGCAAUGCAAAUACAGCCAUUCCUCUACACUACAAAGACCUUGUGAUACCUCCACUUUCUCCUGUCAUAGAGAAUGUUAAAAUCACAGACUCUGGGCUCGUACAUGUUCGCGAUGCCUUACCAGACCCUUCCUUGGAAGAGAACAGGGCUUCUUUGAUGCCAAUCGAGCGUGCUACCUGCCAGUUCCUGUUUGCUGUCGCUGAAGAUGACCACAACUGGAACAGUGCUUUUUUUGCCAACCAGGCUGCUGCUACGCUGAGAAAUCAUGGCAAAGAAACGUUUCAGUUGGUUUCUUAUCCAAAAGCUGGACACUUUCUGGAAGUCCCUCCCAUGCCUUAUUGUCCAUCUGGGUUUCAUGCAGCGAUUGGGAGUGAUGUGCUGUUUGGUGGGGAGCCAAAAGCCCACUCUGAUGCUCAGCUGGACCUGUGGGAAAGAGUCCAGGAGUUCUUCAAGAGCCACUUGGACAACUCAAGUAUUUGCUAGCAGACAAUGUUGUAACAAAUCUAUCAAGCAGCAUUGAAUGGUUGAUGUUAGUGAUGCUUACCAUUGCCUGUAGCUUCCAAUAGGAUAUUAAAUGUUACUGUAUGAGCAUUACAAUGUUGGGCAUUUAGUUAUUUUGACUUCACCUGAAACUAACUCAAUACUUUUUUUUAGUAUGCCAGAGUUCACGUGACACAUAAAUGUUUUUUCCUGCAUAAUUCUUUCAUUUCUAAGAAGACACUGACAAUUUUUACUUGUCAUUGUAGAAAAAUAGUGGGAGCAAGUGGUGCUACUGCUCUGUUUAAGUAUUCCACCAAAGCAGCAGAGUCAGCCAACAUUAACUACACUUGUGCUUUGACUGCAGAGACAUGUCAAAAUGUAUCACAAGCUUCAAACUAAGAUGGCUCAGACAGAGUAACAUGCUGUAUGGCUGGAAUCAAUCACUAAUAAUCUGGUCACUUCAUCUCUUUGCCUUUAUGUUAAAUGCAGUAUCAUAAUUGUAAAUUCCCACUAUUGGAAAUAGGUGUAUAAAUGUUUUAUUUGUGAUUGUAUAAGGGUUCUGUCAUUUUGAAUUGUCAUUAGUUCAAAUAAUGCACAGCUUUAAAAAAAAAAAACUUUCUUACACUUAAUUACAGAUAUGUGUUUUAUAUAUAUAUCUAUAUCUAUAUAUACGUGUGUGUGUGUGUGUGUGUGUGUGUGUGUGUAUGUAUGUAUAUGGUGAAACAGGUCAGGUGGGGAGAAUAAUGAUGAAAGCUUAUGAAACUAAAGCAAAUGUUUUUAAUCCACUGUGGCAGUCAGAAUUUCACAUUAAAGGGCUUUUGUCUGUUUCAAAGUGUAGAGAAUCUACUUUGAUGAGUUAAGCUGGUCUCUUAGGGACUUCAUUAAGAAUGUAACCUGCAUCAAAGAAGGAAGUCUGAUUGUGAAGCUGGAGACAAGGAUAAACUCCCUCCAGCUGAACUCAGUCUGCAUGGACAUGCAUGACAUGUUCACAUUAUGGAGAAAAACACUUCUAAUAUCUUUGAUUGUCUAAUAAAAUGCCAGAUGUAUCUUAGUUGUGGAACUGUUGCUUGAAAUGGAAACUGGAAAAUCUUUAACACUAUGCCAUGAAUGAGAAUAAAAUAUGAUUUAAGAUUU